CAGUGAUGCAGAGUUGUAGAUGAAGACGAAAUAAGCCGAUUGUUUAGUGUCCCUUAGAGUGAAACCCAACACCGGAUAAUGGAGUCCAAGAAGAAGGUGGUGCUAUUCCGCUGUCCUAGUCAAGUUGAUGACGACAGAGAUCCUUACGAAAAGCUAUUGUCCAGUAGUGAGUGUUGUGUGUCCAGUAUCCCCGUGCUGGAGUUUGACUUUCAGAACCUGGAGGAUCUGAGCAUGGCUGUGACCAAUGUACAGGACUACUCCGGGAUUGUCUUCACCAGUCCCAGGGCUGUGGAAGCAGUCCAAAGAGUUCUACCAAUGAUAUCAGCUUGGGAUGAGGUGAAAACAAAAUGGAAGGAACGUCCAGCGUUUGCUGUUGGGAAGACAACUUGUAAUCAAGCCAGAGACCUGGGCUUUACUGUGACAGGAGAGGACACAGGAAAUGCGAGGAAUCUAUCGACAUUUAUACUAGACAGUAUUCAUCGAGGAGCCAAACCUUUGUUAUACCCUUGUGGAAAUUUAAAGCAAGAUACCUUGUCCAAAGUGAUGAGUGAAAAUGGACAAAGAUUGAAAGAAAUAGUGGUUUACAAGACAUCACAGAAUUCUAACCUUGAAGAUUUAAUUAGUGAGCAUUUACAAAAAGAGGGCCUGCCAUCUUACCUGGUCUAUUUUAGCCCCUCUGGUGUGAGAUACACUCAGGACAUAUUGCACAGGCAUGGGGUCCCCUUGGACCACAUUCAGGUGGUUGCCAUAGGGCCAAGCACUGAGGAGGAAUUGAAGAAACACAAGAUUUCUGUGUAUGGAACUGCACUUAAACCAACCCCGGAGAGUCUGUAUCAAGUCAUAUUUAAUCCACCCUCGGAGGACAGGGGAGCCGUGGCUCAUCCAGAGGGGAAUCUGAUCCAGCAUCGUUCAUAGUACCUGCACAACAGGUUUAGUGCUAUGAUAAAUGACCUGACUUGACUUUGAUCAAAUCGAUCAACGA